AUGAUGAUUUUACCUAGAUUUUUAUAUAUUUUUCAAAAUAUACCUAUCUUUUUAACAAAAAAAAUUGAUCAAAUUGAUUCUAUUAUUUCGUCCUUUAUUUGGAAUAAUAAAAAGCUAAGAAUUAAUGAGUAUCAUUUACAAAAAUCUAAAAAAGAUGGUGGACUUGCACUACCUAAUUUAAGAUUGUAUUAUUGGGCUGUUAAUAUUCGACAAUUAUUUUUUUUUGCUAUAUUGGCUCGAUACGAGCCAAAAACCAGCUUGGAUUGAUUUGGAAUUAAAAGCUAUCAAACAAUUUAAUUUAACCUCAUUACUAGGAGCUCCAUUACCUUUACAACAUGCUAAAAUUCCAUAUUUAAAUCCCUACCCUGUUAUUAAACAGUCCUUACGGAUUUGGUUUCAGUUUCGUAACUCUUCUAAUUUGAAACAAUUUCAAUUGUCUAGCUCGUUAUAUCAAAAUUUUUUAUUUAAACCAUCAAUAACCGAUCCAUUUUUCUCUUAUGGAGACAUAACGGGAUGUGUUCUUUUGCAGAUCUAGUUUGUGGUGGUUGAUUGAUGACUUUUGAAGAGUUAAUUAGCAAAUAUUCUCUCUCUCAGACACAUUUCCUACAAUAUUUUCAGGGUGGAUGGGGUUCUGUUGAAGACUCUGACCUGGAGUUACGCUCAGACUUUGGUUCUUUUCGCUGGUGGGACCCGCACCCGGGGGCUCAUGUCUCGCUGCUUUUCAAUAUCCCAAGGACGCAGCCUGGAAGAUGAGCAUACCUUUGGGGUUCCAAGAUUUCACAGCCUUGUGGACGGACUGAUUUAAGCUGGUGCCACUGAAAAGUCACAGGAGAGAACAGAACAUCAGGAUCAGCUGCCAGAGGCUGUGUCCUCAGCAUGGUCUCUCUCUCUCUCUCUCUCUCCCUCUCCCCCUCUCUUCCUCUUCCUCUCACCCUCUCUCCUGUUGCCGAUUCCCAAGUCGCAGUACUCGAGGAUAAAAAAGUGGCGUGACAGACUUUUAACACCGCAAAACAGGUUGGGCAACAUUUGGUACGGCUAUUUAACAGGGAAAGUCAGCUUGCAGAAACUUUGCAACCAAUCGCAACGUGCUGACAGUGUACACCUGGACAAAAACUUGUCAGGAGUCAGUGAAACAGACAGAGCAACAGGAAGGAGGAACACUUCAUUGACAGAACCAUGGCAGCAUAUGCUGAAGUAAAUUACACUGCCGACUUUCAUUGUGAGAAGAACAACCAGCAGCACAGGACCGAUGAGAUCACCACCGAGCGACUGAUCAUCAGGAGAGGACAAACCUUCCAAAUCUCUGUGCAUGUGAACAAGGAUGAAUGUAUCAUAGACCACAACAAUAUUUUGUUCACUGCUGAGACAGGGCCAAAACCUUCAGGAGUAUUUCAAACAAAAGGCAUGUUUCAAUUAAGGUCAAUUGAUCAAAGGAGGUGGAGUGGAGCUGUUGUUUCCAGCACUGGAACCACGUUGGUCCUGAUUGCAUUCCCACCACCAAAUGCCAAGAUUGGACGAUACACUUUAAGCCUCCUGAACCCCGUAGGAUGUCAGAUUUUGAAGUACAGACUCGGAGAGUUCAUACUACUUUUCAACCCAUGGUGCAGAGAGGAUGAAGUCUUUCUGGAUAGUGAGGAGCAACGACAAGAAUAUGUGUUAAGUGAAGAUGGAAUCAUCUAUAUUGGCAGUUGUCGCCAGAUUAAUAUUCGCUCAUGGUACUUCGGACAGUUUGAAGAAAAUAUUGUGGAUAUCUGUCUGAUGAUGUUGGAUAAAAGUAUUAAAUGCCAGAAAAAUCCAACAAAGGACUAUAUGCACAGAAAUGACCCUGUUUAUAUCAGCAGAGUUGUGACAGCUAUGAUAAAUUCUGCUGAUGACAAAGGGGUACUUACUGGCAAAUGGAGCGAGCCAUAUACUGGAGGGGUGUACCCUUGGUCAUGGAAUGGAAGUGUUGCAAUUCUCCAUCAGUGGUAUAAGGGAGGCUGCCAGCAGCCAGUUCGCUAUGGACAAUGUUGGGUGUUUGCAGCUGUGGCCUGCACAGUUUUGAGGUGCCUAGGAAUUCCCUCUCGUGUGGUCACAAACUAUAACUCUGCUCAUGACACAAACUGCAACUUAAUAAUUGAGGAAGAAAUUGAUCACUAUGGAAGAAUGCUUGGUGAACAUGUAUGGAACUUCCACGUCUGGGUGGAGAGUUGGAUGGCACGAAAUGACCUACAGCCAGGUUAUAGUGGAUGGCAGGCUCUGGACCCAACUCCGCAGGAGAAGAGUGAAGGAAUUUACUGCUGUGGGCCUGCUCCAGUCAAUGCAAUCAAAGAUGGGGCAGUGGAGAUAAAGUACGAUGUCCCCUUUGUUUUCGCGGAGGUCAAUGGAGAUGUGGUAACAUGGCAGAGAUGCAGGGAUGGCAGACGAGUAAAGAGAUCUGUCGAAAGUCAACGUGUGGGAAAAUAUAUCAGCACCAAGGGUUGCGGCAGUAAUGAUCGUGAAGACAUCACAAUCAAUUACAAGCAUCCUGAGGGUGCUCCAAAAGAAAGAGCAAUAUUUGCUGAAGCUCAACUCAGAAAUCAGCUGGAACCUGUACAAGAAGAGAAAUUCGAUGUGCAUAUGAAAAUUGACAAUUCAGUAAACUAUGGAUCUGAUAUUGAUGCUUUUGUGAACAUCUCCAAUCGCAGUUUCGAGAGCAGGGUUUGCCACCUUCACUUUAAUGCUCAAAUUCUGAAAUACACCGGACAACCUGUGAAACAAGUUAUGGCUCUGAGUGUGGAUGAUGUUGUUGUUAAAAGCAAUGGAGUUACGACGGUACCUAUCAAAGUGCCUUUCAGAGAGUUUGGGAAUUACCUGGAAAAUCACCAACUGAUCAAGCUGAUUGCCCUGGCAGCUGAUGCAAGAACAAAUGACAAUGCGUUGGCAGUGGAAGAUGUUACCGUGGUCAAACCUUCUGUCAUCAUUAAUAUACUGGGGGAUGUCAUUCUGAGGCGUGAGCUGACUGCAGAAAUCAUUUUUCACAAUCCACUGUCUGAGCCACUCUUUGAUUGCGUCUUCACGAUCGAAGGAAUAGGACUGAUUGAUGGCAUGAGAAAAAUCAGGAUGCCAGAGAUAAAGGCGAACCAAUCAACUAGAAAUGUAUGUCAAUUCAUCCCCAGUAAAGCAGGACUACGGAAGUUAAUGGUGGAUUUUGACUGCAACAGAAUUAAGGAUGUGAAAGGAUUCAAGAAUAUCACUGUCCCGUUUUUUUAAGUUAAACUGAUUAAUGGAUACGUAACUCCUAUGUUUAUUAACAAUAGUUGCAUUGUAAUCUGUUUCAAACAAAUUUAAUCAAAAUGUUCUAAACUCUGUUGUGAACUUGUGUUAUAUAUUUGUUCAGUGAUUAUGCGUUAGGAUAGCCAUCGUUGGUGUGAAAUGGGUCCCCACUGUAUUCAAUUUCUGUGAAAAAUGUCCAACUACCAGAAGGCGAUUAUAUCUUGUCCGCUGAAAAAUAUGUAUUUUGCUGUUUGAGUUGGUCAGUUCCCAAUGCUUCUUUUGGAAUUCUAUGCUAAAUUGGAGAAAAACAAAUCACAGUAUUCUAUUCUGGGACUAGGGCAACUUGGCUAACACUCAAGCACAAUAAAGAGCAAUUUAGUAUGUAUUCCUGUUUUGUGCUUAAUGAAGAGCAAUAGAAAUAAGUGAAACAAGAGUAUUUUUUAUGUCUUCACAGCAAUAUGGUGGGCUAAGCAUUGCCCAGUUUUCCGUCUGUUAAUCAAAUAUCUCCUACAAAAAUAACUACAGUUUCUUGAGACUUUGCAAAGCCUAUGAUACAUGAGCAGGAUCAGGGCACAGUAUUUACAUCUGCUAUUUGCCAUAAUUAUUGUAUAGCUGGGGGCCCAAUUUUCAGCAAACCUUAAGCCUCUGAAAUGUUUUGAUUUUGUCAUGCUUUUGGAUCUCACUUCUCAGACUUGAGUUGCGCAAUCAAAUAAAUGAUUCUGAAGCACUUGA